CAGUGUGACCGGAGCUCCAGGACUGCAGUCAUGGGAUGUAGGGAUUGCAGAGGACUAUACUUCCUUGCUCAGUUGCCUGCUGUAUCCAGAAAGACCUACUGUACUGAUUUGGGUUCUAGGUCAUUUCCACCUCUCUACCUUCACUGAAGCCAAAUGACAAAGAUGCAAAGCUACAGAAUCUGGUAACAUUUUGGGCUGCUGUGAUCUCACCCAGGAACCCUCACAGGGGACACAAUGGUGCAGCUUUACAAUUGCCAUCCUUUUGGCUCCCAGAGGAUCGUGCCGACUAAGCAAGCCCCGGAGGUAUUUUGCUGUGGCCGGGACAGUGUGUUUGUGACCUGUGCCGGUGGAUGUAAGGUGGAAGUGUUCACUGUCUGCCAAGAGCUGUGCCAGCCGCUGUGCAGCUUUAACACACUUGGGAAAGUGCUUCAAAUGCAUUACAGUGAAGUAGGAGAUAAUUUGGUUACCAUCGAAGAGAAAAAUAACAUUUCCUCUCUGCGGACAUAUGUGAACUGGAGAUGCCAGUCUACAGGGAGCUCCCGUGUCAGUGUGCGAAUGGUCGGUCUCCAAUUAGAUACCCUCCCUCCUACCGCGGCCAAAGACCAGAUGGAGAUUAUAGAGAUGCCUCUCUCUGAGAAUCCUCUCCGUCUCUCAUGUUGUCCUGUGCGUGGAGAUCUCCUGGUUGGAUGCAAGAGCAAGCUAGUGGUUUUUAGCAUGAAGUUCAUCUCCGUUCAUGGCAUACCAGUGUUAGAUUUUGACAGAUCGCUGGUUUUACACGUUUCUGGAAUUGUGCCAACUGAGGUGUAUUUUUGUGCCAACUUUGUCAGCAUAAUGAGUGAGCUAGAAGUUCUUGUGUUUAGACUGACAUCUGAAUACCAAGAGGCAUUGCCAGAUAUAUCCACUGCUAUUCGGGAUGUGGGAAAACUGCCAGAGAAAGGUAAGAAAGACGUUCCGCCCUUGACAUCAUCCCAUUUACCUGAGUGUGAAGACUUUGUGGUGUUUGACAGACCUGUGGAAUUGUAUGGUGAGGAAUGUAAAUCCUGCAGCAUUGUGAUCACUCCAGAAUCCACUGGAUUGUCCGGAGAUUUCAAAACCGGUUUCCAUGUCAGUUAUCUGCUUUACAGGCGGUUUGCCCCAGAUUUUGCGGAUGGCUUCAGUGUUGAAUGUACAAGAUUGCACUCCUUGCAACUGAUGCCCAUGUACAGAAGAGGAAGUUGUGCGAUCGCAGAUGCUGGCAACACCAAGAAAGACCUGCUCGGCCUAUUUUGCUUCUUCUCCAUGCCACAUACUGGCUACUUGUACAGUCUAUUAAACCCUGUACAGUUGAUCUCUGUUUAUCAGUACCCGGAGAGGUCCCAGCAAGCUGUCCUAACUCCUCAAUUGCUGCAUGUCAUUACACGGAAUAAUUUGCAGUGUUUCACUGUGAGAUGCGGCGCAGUAACCGCUCGGGAGGAAGAUCCUAUUGACACCACGAUGAAGACUUGCCCACCUGUCUCUAUGGAUGUUUGCACACUAAGAAUGCAGCUCUUUAUAGGACUGAAAGCCAUUCAGCACUUUAAUAACUAUAUAGUUAUCUUGACAAAGGCAGACAUUGAAGAAGUGGCAGAGAAGGGAAGGAAUUCAAAGCGACUGUCCCGAAAAGCGGGAAGUAUAAAGGCCAAGGUUUCAUCAGAGACGGAACCUGGCUGGAAUCUCUAUAUUGUGAGCACUACACCAACUGUCCAACUCUACAGGGAAAUGGUAGAGUACAGUAGAAGAUAUGAGACCGUGAUGACCCAGGGCAGCAUCCAUCUUCUCAGUGAGGCUCAUCUGUUGCUGAGAUCUGCACUUAUGAAUCCAGACUUGGUAAACCUGACAGAUAAAGAAGAACUGGAGACAGCGUUCCGAGAGAGUUGCGCCCUCUUAGGGGAUUGUUUCAGCAGGUUGGACACCAAUAAAUCCCAUCUGGCACUUCCUUACUACAAGAUGUCCUGCCUAUCCGUGUCUGACGUUAUAGAUCGCGUUACUUCCAAAAACUUUCCCCAGGAGUACGGGAAAGGCUUCAUGUUCUACCUCAAACAUUCUCUUUGUGAAGAGCUGGAGGAACAACUGAGCGAGGAAGUGGCUUUGACGGUAUUGCAGAUAUUUAAAGCUGCAGAACCACAACAGUUGCCCAAUAUGUUAUCCAGUCCUUGUAUGGUUAAUGUGUGCCCAGCUAAAGCAAUGGGCUUCCUGGAAGAAUUAGAGUCUGUGGCGGGUUCAGCUGUCAUCUCUCUUACAAAGGCAGCCAUGGCGCUAAGAAUGCAUGAUCUUCAGAAGUAUGAAACGGAGAUGCAGCAUCAUCAGGAGACUCAUCUGCUGUAUGGUUUUCUGGAGGAGCCUCGUCUGCUUAUGAUACGCAAAAACAAAGAGAUCAUUCCCACAGAGAUGGUGUUUUACUUAAGAGACACCUCGCCAGGGCUUCUCAUUGCUGCCAUGGUGGUUUUUCAUGAAAACAGCAAAAUGAAUCUAAAAGAAGUGGAGUUAUUUUUUAAGGUUUUGUGUGAAAAAUCCAAUGAUGAUGAUGAUCCACAACUGCUUGUUGAUUUUUGGGAGACCCGUCUAUCCUCAUAUCCUCGAGACUCCAUUCUACAAGACGUUCUGUUUAAACUUACAUCUCAUUAUGUGUCUCGAAUAUGCAAACCACAGCAUGUGUGCAUCGAAUCCUUAAAGAGUGCAGAGGAUCUGAGAAAUUCCUGCAGCCAUUUUGGAGUGAUCAGCCCAUGGGUAUCAAAGAUGGUGUCCUUUGGGCCUUCUUCAUGUGAUAAGUGCGGAGAUUUGAUAAAGUUACAGUCUCUUCUCUGUGGACCAUCUUUGGAAAUUGCAUCUUUCCUCCCAUUUCUGAAUUUUAUACCGCAAGAUAACAAUUCACACUUGAGCAUACACCUUAUAUGUGCAACUCGCCUACUGAACUACGAGAGCUCCAUAGAGAGGCUUCUGGAUCGAUGCCCUGAAGCUGUUACUUCGUAUGCAAAGCAUGAGAUCAAAGAUGGAAGCCAGGGUCUCUGGUGGAACAAGCUACUACCUGAACUGUGUUCUCGCAUUCGAAAAAAUGGGAAAGAUAAUGACAUUUUUAUUUCAUCCCUAAGAGACACUUUGGAGAUGAUAUCCAUGGAACUUGACCUUCAAGACUUUCUAAAUGUUCUGCCCGAUGAUGGUAUUGCUGCAUUCUUCUUGCCUUACCUUGUAAACCAAAGCGAAAAAAAGCUAGUGGCUUAAAUUUCCUGCUGUCUUAUAUCCGAACUCAUGCCUUAAGUUACACCAUGGAGUCUGAAUUCUAAGCUGCACAACACACUACACAGCUCAAACUGAGUUUCUGUUCCAUAAC